GAAGCAGAAGAAGAAUUCCUCCUGUUGCGUUUACGCUAGCUAGCUAGCUAGUCACGAAGGCGGUGAGGUGCCGCGGCAGUUGUAAACCAGCGUCUCCACAGCACCAUGAGCGGGCUGAGCAGCGCCGAGCACUUUGACCCGUAUGAAAUAGAAGAGCCCAGCGACGAGGAGCGGGCAGGGAGCAGUUCAGAGGAUGAGCUGGAUAUACUUUUGAACGGGACUCCGGACCAGAAGAGGAAAUUGAUCAGAGAGUACCUGACCGGGGAGAGCGAGUCAUCCAGCGGAGAUGAAUUUGAGAAGGAGAUGGAGGCUGAGCUGAGCUCCACCAUCAGGACCAUGGAGGGCUCCUGGGGACUGUCUGUAGCAGAGAGCUCGGGAACCACGGAGGGCCGAAGCGACACCACGCCGGGCCUCCAGCAGCCUCAGUUGUACGACAAGGUGUACUUUGACUCCGACUCAGAAGAAGAAGACACGGCGAGCAGUUCCACCGGUCGGAGGCAGAGACAGCGUUGUAUUCCGACCAAUGAUGAGCUGCUGUAUGACCCUGAUGAGGACGACAGGGACCAGGCCUGGGUCGACACCCGCCGGAGACGAUAUAGCUGCAGCAGAAGGCGACUUCCAGCGUCGGUCCGGUCCAGACCCGGCCAGCCUCAGGCUCUACCAAGCAGUGAUGCCAUUCUCAACUGUCCAGCCUGCAUGACCACACUGUGCCUGGACUGCCAAAGACAUGAGAAGUACCGGACCCAGUACCGCGCCAUGUUUGUGAUGAACUGCUCGGUGAAGAGAGAUGAGGUUUUGCGUUACAAAGAACAGAAUGACAAGAAAAAGAGGAGCAGGAAGAGGAGAAGAGGAGAGAAAGAAAAGAUUACCACAGCAGACGAGACGUCGGACCCGAUACCAAGGGGAAUGGAGGAGGAAGAUGUGUACCACCCGGUCCAGUGCACCGAGUGCUCUACAGAGGUGGCAGUCUUUGAUAAGGAGGAGGUCUACCACUUCUUCAACAUCCUGGCCAGCCACUGCUGAUGCAUCCUGUCCACCAGUGUCUCCCCCUACUGGUCUGGAGCCCUUGUCGCCUUACUGAACUCCAAUCAUGUGAGCUGACCUUUGACUUUCCACCAGUGCUGCCAAGCAAAACCAAAUGGCAUGAGUUGUGUGAGCAGUGAAUCCCGACAUCAGAGUUCAUCUCCAUAAGUAUUGUAUGUACAGAAGUGGACUGUAUAUAAACCAGUAUGUAUUUAGCAGCUUCAACUGGUAAAUGUUCUGUUGAAAUGGGGGUUGAAGUGGUUUUCAUGGUCUUUGCUUUUGUUAAAAACACAAAUUGAUGUGGUUACAGCUGUUUUCUUUUGAAGAACAGAUUACUUCUAUUCAUAGAACGGUGAGCAGAAUGACUUGACAGACACGAGGUCCUCAUCAGCCGCUGCCCACGAUACUGAAAGGCCAGGGAGCUUCUGUCUGCAUGCCUUCAGCGUUUCCUGUUUAAAAGUCCACAUCCACAUCCCAAAACAAAGCGGCUGGGUGCUGAGCGUGUCUCGGAAAGCAGCUGUGCUGGGCCACUGAAUGCUGUCGUGGGGCUUUAAAGCGAUACUGACACCGACAUCUGAACAUGCCUGUUGACAGGCUGUGGUCCGAGCUGGAAUGUGACCACGGAGAAACUCAGAGGCCAAAACAGCGCGUCUGCGACCACUCGAGAGAGCUCUGUGGCUGGCUGGAGAUGGUGUCCAACGACAAGCGGUGCCGGUGGACACGGAGACGCCGGUCCGUUUGCAUGUCGGGUUCCACACAGGGACGGAUUAAACCAAUCUGGGCCCGGACCAGCCAGCCAGCCAGCAGCCCUCUCUCGACACGACGUAUGAGAGCUGUGAUAACUGGAUCCAUGCCGAACCUCACCGCGCUACCGGCCGCUCACGUUUAAAACCCUGAAAUAAAGCCGUCAUGUCCACCUACCUGCGUCUUACUCUGGUUUCUAACAGCUGUGAGUUAUGGAGUCAAAACACUCACCGAACUGUGAUAUUAAUCCACGUUUGUCGGUCGGUUAUCGUGUCGGCGGACGUGAGCGGUAACGGUAGCGCGGUGACGUCAGGAAGCAGUAGCCAAUAGCUUUGGAUUCAUUAAGCCACGCCUCUUCGGUUAUGCCUAAAGGCGCCAUGUUAACACGUGUUCAGACAGGGCAUGCCGGUCUCCCUGCAAGGUGCUUCAUUUUCCAGUCGGAAAGUGUUCAGUACAGGAAGGCUCCGAGGUACGAACCCGGUCCGCUGGGGGUCGGUUCUUAUGUCGACUUUGUGUGUAAGUCAGAACAGGUACGUACAGUUCACACCUAGCGUCACUUCGUCAGACGUUUGUCUCAGUAAGCGGUGUGUCUUACCACAAGAGUGCAGUAGUGAUACUGGUUGUAGUAAGGCACCGUGUUUCUAACGGAGAGGGAGGAUGUGCCCCGGUGGAGAACCCUCCAGAAACACGUCUCACGUUUCAAACUCCUCCCA